UUUGCGCGAUGAACAACGGUGGCAGCAUGACGACGACAGCUGCCUCACUGCUUGAGGCACUGGGGUGGCCGCCCGCAUUGCCGAUGCCGGCGUGCGUUCACGCCAGCAACGCCGAGAAGCAGGCAGCCAGGGAUGCGGCAGUCAAGGAACUGUGCUCAAGGCUGGCCGCAGUGGCAGAUCCAGUGCAGCUGUCGGCAGCCGUGUCCGCGGUUCUAGGCUUCCUGACGACUGAUCAACAAGACGAAGCAGAUGCACACGCAGACGACCAGAGCAGCAGUCAUGGCUCGCCGGAGAAUGCAGCGGCAGAGGCACACCCCCUGACUGCCGUGUUUGUGCAGCGCUGCAGCCUGGCGUCAGCAUUCUACCCGCCACUGGCCCAGCAAACACCAGCAAUGCUUCUUGGCACGCUGAUGCCAAUGUUUCGUAUCAUCUUCCACAAGUACAUCCGUGCCGGUGAAGCGGCGUACUUUGAUCUGGGGGAAGUGUUUGUGCGCGCGUGCUGUGCAUCCAUCCUCUCCCAUCCCGACGAGACACCCGACACUAGUGAAGAAUUGAUCAAGCACGUCUGUGACAUGGCCUUCUCAUGGAAGGCCGACCCCAGCGCGCUCCUGCACAUACACGCCAUCCUCACGCACUUUUCGACGCUGCAAACUAGAGACCUGCUGCACCCUCGCAUACAGCAAGCAGGGCUGCGGUGGCUGUCGCAACUGCCACGUGGCACCCACAUUCCCACCGCCUUGUUCCAACACGUGACGCCGACCACGACCGUGACCGUGGAUGCACGCGACAUCGAAGCUGUAUCCACCCUGCUCCUCAUCUGUCACCCGUCCAGCCUUGCACCGGCUCUGGACUUGUGUGCAUCUCUCGCCCGUGGGGUGGACGCACUGUGGCUCUCCUCCUCCCUCGGCCGCAUCGAGUGUCUGGCCAUGAUGAUUGCUGCCGCCACGCGCGGUCUGGCACACGAGCGUGCACCGGUGCAGUCGGCAGCGGCCAAGAUUGUUCAGCGUGGACUGGCGCUCAUCACCACUGCACUCCCAACCGCACACGCACGCGCACACGAGCAACACCAGCAGCAGCAGCAGCGUGCGGGUGUAGAGGAGGGCGCCGUGGCGCGUGGUGCUGGACAAAUGGCUCGCGAUGUCUUGCUCCUCCACAAAUGGCCCGGUGCUGCAGUCCUGCCACCGGCAUCGUCAUCAAAGCAGCACGCGCCAUCCGUCCGGGUUGGCGGUGCGGUGCUGCUGUGCUUUGCAGCGCGCGAGUGCGGUGUUCUGGCUGCUGCUGAUGCCACACGUGUCAUGCGGGCCGCUGAGGAGGCCUCGUCGCGUGCAAUGCGCGGGGGUGGCAGCAAGCAGCGGCCCGAGCAAGCCAGCACCAACACUUCAAACCUCGUGCACAUGCUGUGCACGUGCUUUGCCCUCAAGCACACGUCGUGUGCCCAUUUGCGCGUGGCGUUGUGUCAUACGCUGCCUGCACUGAGCACUACCACGGCUGCUGCACACAUCACGCAUCGUGUGGCCAUGUCCAUUGCCAGAGACGACCUCACCAAACCGCUCGCAAUCAGCAUGCUCCAUUCCCUCUCGGAUGCCCAUCUGCAGUUUCGCCCGUCCUUGUAUCGCUUACUGAUUGACGAGACGCUGACGGCGAAAUCCACGCCGCCCCUCACCCACACACUGGCACGCGCACACGCCCUGGUCAAGCUCACAAUGCAUCCGCAACGGCCGAGCGUCCAAGUGCUCCUUCCCGUCGCACACGCGCACCUUCAAUCACCCGAGCCGAGCGUGCAGGCCAUGGCGCUACGAUCCAUCGCCAAUCUCUGCACCACCGACAGGCUCGACCCACGCUCAACCCUCCGCGCCCUCUCAUCGUGGCUGGACGAUUGCGGUGACCACCCGCUCACUACCGCGGCCGCCUGCCACCUCUUCGGUGCUGUGCACAACCGCUUCGACGAGCUUUCACCGAGUGAACAUGAGCCGGAGAGCGCUGACUUUGACGACCCGGAGCGAAGGGCUGCGCUGGACUGGCUGUGGGACAAGACGGCGGCAUCAAGGCCCUUGUCCGUUCGCCGCGCUGCGUACAUCAACCUUGCUCGCUUCCAUCCCAGCUGCAUCCGGCCCCUCCAUCCAUCAUCGUCGUCGCCAUCGCCAUUGCUGUGGGCGCCGCUGUCCACAGCAAUGGCACAGCAGAUCCUCGCUGACGUCGACAGCAUUGUUGCUGUCGCCACUGCACCUGAUGGGCUGAUUACUCGCGCCCUGGCUUACGAGGCCAGCCAACUGCCACGAUCCGUGCUGGUGCGGUGGCAGGAGGGCAAACACGCCCCUGCGCCAACGACGCUCGCCACGGCCAUGGCUGGCAAUCUUGAUGCAGCAGACUCGUCGCUUCUCGUCACGCCACGGCUCACGUGGUUGCGGCACACACAUGUGCAGCGAUCGACCCAGAGCAUCUCGCGACACCUCACCACCGCUGGGCUCAUGCUGUCACACCACGCGGCCCUGCUGCCGUCGCUGGACGCCACCAUUGGGUUUGCCGGCGACUGUCUCCGCACUGCCCGUUGCGGUGAUGGGGUCGAUGCGCUCGUGCUCGGACGCGCGUGGCUGCGGGUCGCCGGCAGCAUUGCGCACGCCGCUGCUGUGUCUGAGGAUGAGGUGGCGACCAUGUGUAUGCGUUUGGUUUCUGCAGCCCAAAAACGCCCAGCCGCGCAUGUUGAUGUGAAUACGGCCGCGCUCGUGUGUGCGCUGGCGGUUAGGGGUGCUGUUCCGACGACAUGGCGUGUGCCUUGCACUGCUCUGUGCGCGGCACUGCUUGGGGACGGACGCAUGGACACCCCACCGGGUGAUGGCACUGGUGGCGCUCAAGCCCAUGAUGACAUCGCCCUGCAGCUCGCCGCUGUGUGCCGCCAUCUCGCAAAGCGCAGGUCGGCCACCAUGCGGGAGAUUGCUGCUUUCUUCCUCCCGCUGUUGGGCAGCCCUUCAGACAGCGAGGCCUUGUCUCCCAAAGCGGUAGAAGCACUGAUGCCAGUGGAGCGUGUGAUCGUCCACGCUCAGCGGCUGGCGAACGGUGGCAGGGAGCAUGGCAUCGACUUGCUGAUUCACGCGUGCGCGCAACUUGAUGGUGGCAAGUUUGACAGCAUGUGGUAUGCGCAUGUGCUGGCGUUUGCGGCCGACGCGGUGGUGGCGGCACACAAGCAACAGCAGCAGGGCGGCAAGAAGCGCUCGGGUGCUGUUGAUGCUGUGCGCGCGUGUCCAUCGUUCGCGGGGACGACUGCUCCGCUGCGGCUGCUGGUGUGGGCGCUACAGUGCAGGGUGUCUGCAGGGAAACGUGCAAGCACCACUUCCCACAAUGCUGGGCAGUGGCGCGAAAUGCGUUCGCUUGCUCCAGUGGCAGCGCGUGUGCUUGCAGGGUGGACCGCUGAUGUUGGAGUGGUUGGCGCGGCAUGGGGCGACUGCAACGAGGACGACCGUGUUUCUGUUGCUGUGGGGGUGCACUGUGCAGAGUGCGGUCAGCAACCACUUCCGCGCCACCUCCUCCAGGGUCUGAGCGAGCUGUCAGCCACUUGUCUCCAGCAUGUGCAGGCACUUUCACCGCCCUUCACCAACGCCACUCUUGCUGCCGUUGUGCUGGUCAUGGACACAGGUGAUCUGCAGCAGAGUGUAGAAUUGCAGCCCUCGCGGCAGCCGGACACGUUUGUGCCGCCGGUUCUGCGUGCUGUCAUGGCGGCGGAACGUGAUUGCCGUCGUCCCCACCACAACCUGCUCGCUGCCUGCUUCCCUGCACUGCCGCCACGUGUGUGACAUGAUUUGAUUCGUGGGAACGACUUUUCGUGUGUGUUUGCCUGCAAGCAAAACGAACCUGGAAGAGCA